AUGGAUGCCAUUGUUGAUGCCCUAAACAACCCUUGUCAAUACAACUUUAGUUGCCUACUUAAGGGCUCUGCUGAUUGGGGCGACAGUGAAAAUGAAACACAGAAGGUCCGCAACACCCUUGAGCUCUUUGCUCUUGGUAACUACGACAGCUAUCUUCGACAUAAAUCCGAUUUUCUCGAGCUCCUGCCAUGCAUGACAAAGAAACUUGUUGAGUUGACGUUGAUUUCCGCGUGCAACGAAAAUGAAGGCAGAGAAGUGUCCUUUGAGGUUCUCAUGCGAGACUACUCCCUAAAGCUGGCUUUAGAGGGUAGGUAUGAGGCAUUGGAGGUAAUACUUAUGGAGAUGAUCGACAAGAAUUUGAUCAUUGCCAGUAUGGAUGAGGGAAAAGGUACAGUGAAAUUUCUUGAGUCGCUAAGUGUGAGAGAUGUCUACAACUCUGAUCGCUACACGCUUCAAAUUCUCGAAGAAAAAGAAAUACGUAAGCGAUCAGUCCAAGAAGCCCGGGCGUUUCUUGAGCAUUAUCUAAAUACCAGGAUAGUUCCGGCGCAAGCCGAGCUCAAAGAUGCCGGCGCUUCAGCUCAAUAA